AUGUCUUUGCUCGACGACUAUGCCGAAUACGAAUCGGGCGCUAACCACCAGCAGCAGCAGCUGGCACAUUCAGAUUUCGACAGCGAGGACGAUGCGCCGAUUUUCUCGCUGGAUAGAGUCCAGUUCCAGGUUCCGAACCAGGUAAUCGCCAUGGCAGUUGCCAACGACAUGCUUGUGCUGGUCAUCGAAGGUGCCCGUAUCAUGCGUAUCGACCUGCAGGAAGCACACAACAUCCGCGAGUUUGAGAUCCCAGUGAAGCCAACCGACCUCAAGGCAUGCAGCGCGUUCCUAGACCCCACUGGCCGCCAUCUGCUGAUAUCGACGCCGCAGGGCGAGAACUUUUACCACUACGAGGACUGGGAGGCGGCCAAGCCGCUUAGCCGCUUCAAGAACAUGGAGGUGACGGCAGUGGCAUGGAACCACAUGGCGACGACCAACGGAGACUCGACGAAGCGCAUUCUGCUGGGGACCCACGACGGCCGGAUAUACGAGUCCGAACUGCGGCCUGGUAGUGACGCAAAGGCAAAGCGCAGCGAGAUUCCGCUGAAGCUGGCCGGCAAUGUACCUGUGCGCGAGCGCAUUACAGGUAUAGCCAUGGUGUCGUUCCCAAAGCGCACAAAGCAGAACCUGGUCCUGGUAUCGACUGGGACCCGCCUGUACCAGCUUGUUGGCGCUGCGGAUACCGCGGCCAGCAGCGACAAGCUGUGCGCGUUCGAGGGACUGUUUACAGAGGGCUUCGCUAACCCAAACUUCCAAGAGAUCCCUGGAAUGCCCGGCCCUGGGUCCCUGGCUGUGUACCACAAUGGAACCACAGCGACUGACUUCGCUUGGCUCACGUCUAUGGGCGUGUUCUUUGGCAAGCUGGUGUUUGGAAGCCAGGAAUCGGGCGACAGCGUCAUUGAGAAUGCAUCGCUGCUGCCGUACCCUGCUUCUGCCGGCAACGAACAGCCAUUGUCGCUAGAACUGACAGAAUUCCACAUCCUGCUGCAGUACAGCAACCAGAUCCGCGCUCUCAACAUGCUCAACUGCAAGCCCGCCUAUGACCAGCCGGUGAACGACAACCUGCAGGGUAUGGUGGUUGAUUCCGCCAACAAGACAUACUGGCUGUUCUCUCCCAACGACAUCUACGAGAUUGUGAUUACUGACGAGGACCGGGAUGUGUGGGAGAUCUUUCUGGCGCGGCGGCAGUUUGACAGCGCCCUGAAGCGCUGUCACAACGACGCCCAGCGGGAUCAGUACGUCGCUGCUGCCGAGUGCUAUGCCAAGUCAUCGAUCGGCUUUGAGGAAGCCGUGCUCAAGUUCAUCGACAAGAAGCAGAAUGCUGCACUCAAGAGCUACUUGCUGUCCAAGCUCGACACCUUGCGUCGCCAGGACCAGACCCAGACCACACUCUUGGUGAUGUGGCUGAUCGACAUAUAUCUGGGAAUGCUCAGCGCUAUCGAUGCCAAGCUGAACGCGGCCAGGGCCAAUGCUGGUGCCAGCGGUGCGUCGCAGGAGCAGCAUAUGGUGGUAGAUGAGUUUGAGGGCGAGCAUGCCACGACGCAGGAGGAGCUGUACUCGCUUGUCGAGCGCUACAAGAACGCCGUUGACCCCCACACCGCAUAUCAGCUAGCCGAAAGCCACGGGCAACGCGAAUUCUGGCUACACUAUGCCUCCCUGCGUGGCGAUUACGAGCGGGUGGUUGAAUACUGGAUGGAGAAGGAGGAGUUCAUACGUGCACUGCAGGUGCUUGGCCACUACGGCACGCCUGAGAUGCUGUACCACUAUGCGCCGGUGCUGAUGAGCACCCAGCCCGAGGCCCUGGUUGAUAUCCUGAUGCGCCAGCCGAACCUGACCCCGAGCAAGCUGAUUCCGGCACUGAUGAAGUACCAGCCUGGCCGCAGCGGCCCUACCAACCAGGCAUUGCGCUACCUGCAUUUCUGCACACAGCGGCAAAUGUGCCGUGACCCCACAGUAUACAACUACUACCUGACACUGCUGGUACACGAGUCGACGUCAAGCGACGAGUCCGAACUGAUGGCAUUCUUGACCACAUACGGCAAGGAAAUGCUGUAUGAUCCCGACUAUGCUCUACGCAUGUGCAAGCGAUUCGGACGGAUUCAGAGCUGCGUCCACCUUUACAGUCUUUUAAAGCUGCAUGAAGACGCCGUCGAUCUGGCACUGGAGCAUGGGGACAUUGAACUGGCGCAAAUACACGCCGAGCGACCCGAGGGCGACGACAAACUAUGCAAGCGUCUAUGGCUCAAGAUCGCCCAGCACGUCAUUAAGGCCAACACCUCUGCUGCCGAUGUCAUGGAGCUUGUGCACCGGUCGAACCGUCUGGGCGUCGAGGACAUUCUGCCGUUCUUCCCCGAUUUCACCCGCGUCGAUGAUUUCAAAGAGGAUAUCUGCACAGCACUCGAGGACUACGAGACACAGAUCCAGGACCUGCGGAGCGAGAUGGAUGAGUCCACCCGUACGGCCGAAAACAUGCAGCGCAAUAUGCAAGGACUGAAGCACAGGUUCGCGAUCCUGAACGCCGAAGAAGCUUGCCAGCUCUGCGACCAGCCGCUGUGGCUGCGCCAGUUCUACGCGUUCCCAUGCCAGCAUGCCUGCCACGCCGACUGCUUGACGCGCAAGAUUGUCAGCACCUGCAACCGGGUUCAGCGGCGCCGAAUCCACGAGCUGCAAAGCCAGAGCGUCGAGAUCAUGAAGCAACGGCGGCAGCUGCGGUUGGCGCCAUUGACAGGCAAGCAGACGGGCGAGUCUGAUGAGGCGCUGGAGGCGCAGGGCAGGAGGGUGCGCAAGCAGCUGGAUACGCUGGUAGCUGGGGAGUGUGUGCUAUGCGGAGAGGUCAUGAUCAAGUCAGUUGCCGAGCCGUUUGUCACAAGCGAUCUUGCUGCGGAUGAGUCGUGGACUAUAUGA